CAGACGCCAAAUGUCGCCAUCGAUCAAUGACAUUUUGUGGAGUUGAAUUUAUUGAUAUAAAGCGUUAAUGUAAAUAAUAAACAAUUUUAUCAUAAAAGUCGGCUUCCAGUCGAUAUGUAUGCCAAGGGCAAAGGCUCUACGGUGCCUUCGGACGCUCAGGCUCGCGAAAAGUUGGCGCUAUAUGUGUACGAGUACUUGCUUCAUGUCGGCGCAACGAAAGCGGCUCAGACGUUUCUCUCAGAAAUUCGAUGGGAAAAGAACAUAACGCUUGGGGAGCCACCUGGGUUCUUACACUCGUGGUGGUGCGUGUUUUGGGACCUAUAUUGCGCGGCUCCGGAGAGGAGGGACACAUGUGAACAUUCAUCAGAAGCGAAAGCUUUCCACGACUAUGGAUUCGUCAACUCAGGAUACAACGGGAUUGGUCACAACGCCGGCCCGGCGCCUCCAAACGACGGUAUGGGCGGCGGCGGUAUCCCCCCAGGCUUCUUUCCCAACUCCCCGCUGCGCCCCUCGCCCCCCGCGCCGCACCCCGGUUCGCAGCCCUCGCCCCACGGCCCGCAGCCCCAGCUGAUGGGCGCGGGGCAGCCGUUCAUAGGGCCCUGGUACUCGGGGGGAGGGCCCCGGGGCGCUGUCAGAAUGGGGAUGGGCAAUGAUUUCAAUGGACCACCAGGUCAAGGUAUGAUGGGCAACUCGAUGGAGCGCGGCGGCGCGGGCGGGCCGGCGCUGCUGGGCGCGGGCCCGCGCAUGACGCCGCCGCGGCCCGGCUGCGGGCCCAUGAGCCCCGGCUACCAGGGCAUGCGCGGGCCCCCCCCCCAGGGACCAGGUAUGCCACCAAUGGGAAUGGGCCCUCGGGGCGCGUGGUCCGGCGGCGGCGGGGCCGGCUCGGCGCCCCUCAACUACAGCGGCGGGUCCCCGGGCGCGUACGGGGCCCCGCCGGGGUCCAACGGGCCCCCGGGGCCCUCGACCCCGAUCAUGCCGAGCCCGCAGGAUUCGUCCAACUCCGGGGGCGACAACAUGUACACCCUGAUGAAGCCAGUGGGCGCCGGAGCCCUAGGGCCGGAGUUCCCGCUCGCGAGCGAACACGGGCCUUCGUCUCAACAUCUACCGCAGCCCCCCGCCGCCGAAGGAUUAGGGGGAGUGGACGGGAUGAAGUCGUCCCCCGGCGGAGUGGGGGGAGGGGGGCCCGGGACGCCCCGGGAAGACUCCGGCUCAGGAAUGGGUGAUUACAACUUAAGUUUCGGUGGCCCGGGCGGCGACCAGAACGACCAAACUGAAUCGGCGGCCAUCUUGAAGAUCAAGGAGAGUAUGCAAGAAGAGGCGAAACGCUUCGAAAAGGACCCAGAACAGGCGGACUACUUCAUGCAGUGAAUGUAAUAGUUUAGGAGCUGACGCGCCAAAAUGGAGCAAGCCGACGAUGGGGUAUAUGACUUAAUUUUUGUUUUUUCUUUUUUGUUUUUGCACACAUUUGACAUUGCUCGGUUUUAGCGCAACGUCUAUUGAUUUUUAGGCAAUCACGUUUAAAGACUAACCCGAUUUGUUUACAAUAAAGUUUUGAACUGAUAUAUGUUUCGUCACGUUCUUUUGUAUUGUAAAUUACGAUAGUGAAACAUAUAUUGUGUUUUAAAUAUGUUUUUUUUUUUUUUAUGAAAGGUUUUUUUUUUAAAUUUCCGUUGGAAAGGUUGGAAACAAUUGUGAUUAAAUAUUUAUUAUUGAUAAAUAAACAAACAUUACAAAAACAGUCACGUGCCCUGUAGAGUAACACACAUACGGUUGAAAAGCGUUUUUCUGAUCUCAAAAUUGGCGUCUCGGCUUCUCGUUUAACGAUCUGAGUUCUUAGUUCAGAUAAAAAAAAUUCGCAUUAAUUUAUUAUGUUCCGGAUUUAGUUCUCAGUCUGAAUGUCUUGAAUUUUGACGGUUUUUGUCCAAAAAAAAAAAAUAUGUAAAAGUUUUUUCUUAAUCUUCAUUUAUUAUUCUAUAAUAUUUUUUUAUUAUUAAUAUAGAAUAUAUUAAUAAAAAAAUAUGUAAAAAGUAAAUGAAAUUCACAAAUACAUCUAUACAGGGUCACUGGUAUCAAACGCAAAACCUCCUAAAGACUACUCGGGUACAUCGAAACAAGCAACUUUUAUUCUACGACUAAUUUGCGAUUCUACACAUGUUCACUGUAUGCAAUAGCCGAGCGACACGAGACAGUACAGUAGCGUUAUGUAGCGGAAUCUAACAUACAGUUAACGUUUUAUAGAAACAACAUUAAAACUUUUAAAAAAAGUUUCUUUUUUGUAUUUAUCACGCUCAGACAAAAGUCGUAGAACAAAAGAUGUUAGUCUCUAUGUACCUUAUGCGCCUUUGGAAGGUUAUGCGUUAGAUAUGACGCUGUAUAAGUGUCAAGAAAUUAUAAAAUAAUAAUAUUAAAUGAAUAAAUACAAUCAUAUACGAGGCAAGAGGCUAGAAAUAUAUAAAAAAUAAUAUAAUAAUCAAAAUCAAAUCAUUUAUUCUGAAUAAUUUUUAUAUUAAUAAUUAAGCCUUCACACGGCACUUUUUCACGUCAUAUUCUAAAUUAUAUGAUAUUUACCAAAGCUACAAACUACUAGCAUUUCGGAACUACCACUGCUGAGAAGAAAUGCCUAAAGAAACUCAUUCGAACAGUGUUGUGUUCCUAUCAUGCCACUUAAGGGCUUACCAUUUUUCAAAUAUAAAUUUAUGUACAAUUUUUUAUCAGUAAUAUAACAAUGUAAGCACACAAUAAAGUACAUGGUCAAAAGGUAUACUGAAACAUAUUAUGAUUGUGAUCAAGUGCUGAUGAAAGGAAAUAUAUAUAUUAAUAAUAUUAUAAUAAAAUAAAGGAAAAAUAUAUAAAUGAAAGAACACGUCACUUUAAUUGAUUGAAAGUAAUCGCAGCAUAGUAUAGACACGAAGUCGCUUCCCGCUGUCUGUCCCUAUGUAUGCUUAGAUCUUUAAAACUGCGCAACGGAUCUUUAUGCGGAGGUUUCUUUAAGAGUAAUAUUUUACUAUGGUUUUGAUCUAUCCGAACGAAGCCAGGACAGGUCGCUAGUAAAAUAUAAAUGAUUGAAAUUAAAGAAUAUUAUAAUAUGUUUUGACUACUGGAGUAAUUUUCGAUAUAAAAUUUUUGAAGUCCGUCUCUUUUUAUUUCACGUUUAAGCCAAUUUCUGUCAAAAUAUGCAUUGUCAUUUUUUGUCUAUGUCAAAUAUUGAAAAAAAAAGUGACAAUAAACGAAACCUAAACUGAAAUUCAUUAUAUUAUUUUUAUAAAUACGUUCCGUUACAAUUUCAAUAAAGUUUGUUUUUUUUUUUUUCUAAUUAAUAGUACUAUUUGUGUAUUGUAAUAUAUUUUUUAAACAAUUUUUUUUUAAUACCGUCCGAAUUCAAGGCCGUCAGAGCAGCAUAUUUUUAGUUAAAUAGACAUAUUUUAAAGUCGUUCCACGUUUUCUUCAUAUUAGAUGUUGAAGAUUUCUUUUCAAUUAAAAUGUCGAAUGAAUAUGUAUUUGUAUGUAUUGUUAUUUACAUAGUUCAUUUUGUUUAAUUCGUUUAAAUGUCGAUGUUGUGUGAUUUCUUCUUAAUUCAUUGCAACGUAAUACAGUAAUACCCAAUUAUUACCAAUUACAGCAUAAUAAAACUUUUUUUUCUCUGUGCCUACAAUUUCAGAUUCUUUCGAAUGUGUUGCCGCGCUGUCAUUACAUUAAAUACGUCAAUUUUCAUGACGAAGCAAUCAUUUCCAAUAUAAAUCGUUCAUAAUAUUGAAAUAACUACAGUACAGAUUAAUUAUUAGUAUUAAUUUAAGAAAAACUAAUUCUUAACUUUGUUAAAUAUUGCAAUAUUAUCAUGUCAGCGCGGGCGCAGCGGUUGUAACGCUCUGAGAAACACAUUUCCAAUAUAAAUCGUUCAUAAUAUUGAAAUAACUACAGUACAGAUUAAUUAUUAUUAUUAAUUUAAGAAAAACGAAUUCUUAACUUUGUUAAAAUUUGCAAUAUUAUCAUGUCAGCGCGAGCGCAGCGGUUGAAACGCUCUGAGAAACACCCACUAGUGAACUUAAACUGUCAACCAGUGAACAGGUUUCAGAUUUAGAAUUUAAUGAUAAUAAAAAAAAAUUAAGUAACCAUUUUACGUUUCUAUAUAUUUUUGGCUGUAAGCCGGACACACGCAAUGUGUCACUUUACGGGAAAAAAAAACCUUGUGUAUCUGUAUGUAUUUGCACAAAAUAAGGUUAGAUAAAAUUUGGCUCGAUCCACUCCAUUUAAUAAACCUAUCAUUUAAAAAUGAUUCACUUAAUUUGUGAACGUGCCCCUACUUUUUUAUGUAUAUAUACAUAAAUUAUGUAACUUUAAAGCGUAAUAAUGGUUAUAUUGCCGGACUGGUUCUCUGAAAGUCUGGUUCGAUUCCCGGUCAAGUCAAGAUGGAAAUUUACUGUUUUCUGAUUUACCCUGGAAUUGGAUGACUUUUAUCUAUCUAUAUAUUUAUUUAUUUAAAGUCAUAAUGUGUCCCACUGUUGGGAAAAGACUUCCCUUAAUUCUUCCCAUAUGGUCUUGUACUAAGUACAGUCAACAGCACAUCAAGUUACCCCUCAUGAACCUCUAUGUCGCGGUAUUAGGGGCGAGGUUACAAUGAAUUUGGGUAGGUUGAUGUGCUGACGUGACAUGUAAAAAUUAUAUCGUUGAUUUAGUAUAGUAUCCCAUAACUGAAGUCGCGAACUUUAGGGAUAAUUCAGUCUGUGUGAUUUGUCCGUAUAUAUUUAUUCUAUUUUUUCUCACUUCAAGACAAAUUUGGUCUGUGGGAAAAUUGUCUUUAUUGGGUUUUACUGUACUACAAUAUCUGUAGAUAUAGAUGAACACAAACUUACUGAAAGUUUAUUUAUAACAAACAAAAUUUUGUUUAAUGAAGUAUUUUGUAUUGCAAUCAGAAUUAUAUUUUAUGUAUGUAUAAUAAGACAUACGCACGAUGUCGCAAUUUGGAGCAGUGUAGGGGAAAAGUUUAUUUUUUAAUUUGUAUAAUCGAAACCAAUACCCAAUUUAACGUAAAAUCGGUAUUAGACACUGCUGGCAAUACACUUUAACUGCUGAAAAUAUACGCUGUGUGUUUUCGUUUUUCGGAAAAUGUAUGCGUCGCGUUUUGACAUCAGUCAAUGUGAACAAAAAUGUCAUCAUUUUUAUAUUAUUUAAAAUUACAUUUUUAUUAUACUUGCACCUCUAUUUGCUCCAAAUCAAACUGACGUGCGUAAAAUCCGCUAGGCGUAAUUAUUUUAUCAUUAAAAUCUUCCACAUGGUUAAAUUAAAUUAUUUAGUUUAAUAUUUAAGUUCUAAUGUUCCUAGAAAUGUAUUUUUAUAUCAUUUAAGCAUAUGUUCAGUGCGUUUUGUUCAAUCAUCUGUUUUUGCAAUAAUCGUGACACUAAAAUAUCGAUUAUAUAAAAAAAAAACACCUGGUAUUUCAUGUUUGAGUUUUUAGACCUUUUAAAUUAAAUUUUGGCUGUUAAACAGCCUACAAAUGUUGCCAUAUGAAGAAUUCGUUUUGUAGUAACGUGAGAAUUCUUCGUAGCUAUGAAAUUCAGCUAUCUAGCUAUAACCCGUUUGUUUAGGUGCUUAAAAAAAGACAAUCAUGACAUAUAUUUUUAUUGAAACAAUACACAUUUAAAAAUCAAUAUCUUUGCACAUAACAAACAAAAAUAUAAAGUAUAUAUUGUAUAAUUAAUUUGUUAUGCGCAUAGGUAUUAUUAUAUCAAUAAAAAUACAUAAGGAUUGUUUACUUUUUUUUUAAUUAUCUAAACAAACGCGAUUGAAUAAGAAUUUGGCUUCCCAAGUAAUCGUGUAUCGUUUCUUUCUUCCAUUACCUUCCUUGAUCAAAUAUAAUGUAGUUCUCAUGUAACAAACCCGAUUUGAACUUAUGCUUGCAGUUUAAUAAAACGCAUAUUGUAAUAGAAAUCAUCACAAACUUUAUUUUUUUUGCAAAGUGUAAAUCAUAAGCAACAUGAUAUAUCCUCAAUGUGUCACUUAUGUUUCGGGAGGCGACAGAAUUUUCGUAAAGAAAAAGUGCGAGAUACAAACAAUUCCUCUCUACCCGGAAUAAGCAUUUAUCCAUGUUAAAUAAUCAAUUUUACUGAUAAAUAUUCUUUUUGUAGACGUAUCCGGACUUACAGAUGUGUAGCACUGAAACCAUGAUACCAUAUUUUGAUACCAAAAACCGAAAGUUUUUUUCUGACUUGAUACUACGUCACUGUAAGUCGCGGAUGAUUAUAUAGAUUUUUUUUAAAUGGAAAUUUUAUACCACGUGGUAGUGAUGUGUUUAUAUUUUUCAUUCUGGUAAAUUCUUUAGAAUAGGAUUAUUUUAUUUGGGUGUACGGAAAUCUGUAUAAAUUAUUAGAUUAUUUCAUAGAUUCGGAUAGGUAGACUAAGUUUGGGGCGCACGCCCUGUCCAUAGUUUUUGCGCAAAUUUGGGUUCUUUUAGUGGUAUCAAAUUAUUAAUUCAUCCGAGAUUCGGUAUCGUUUUGAUACCGGAUUUUGGUGUCAUUGGUAAUACCGAUUUUUUGGUAUUCCUCGAUUCCAUUUUUUUCGGUAUCAACUUUACCUGUAUCAUUUAUUUUCGGUAUGAACUUGAUACCGUAAGCUUUGGAAUCUUUUUGAUACCGAUUUUUGGGUAUCUUUUUAAUACCAUCUUUUAAUGGGAAUCUCGACUGAAUCAUGUCACUUACCUUUUAUUUAUUAAUUAAAAAAAUAUUUGAUGUAAAUAAAGAUAAAAACAAAUUUUGGAUACGAGAUAUUGUUUUUACGGAAUUUUGUGUCAAAAAUGUUUGUAUAUCAAGUAUAGCUAAAUAUACACUAAUUGGACCCAAAAAUUGUAUAAUACGUUGAAAAAAAAAAUUAGUUUUAAGCGGAUAGUGUAACUGAUUAAAAAAAAAAUAGACGCGACAAUGCAAUUUGUGAAGAACGCAACAUUUUUUAAAAAGAUAAAAAGAUUUAAUUUAAAACUUUUUAAAUUAAAUUAUACAUGUAGUGUGAGGUUGUAUGUUCUAAGAAAUAUUAUUUUUCUUCAUUUUGUGAGUUAGGUAAAUGAAUUAUUAUUUUUUUUUCUUAUCGAUGUAAUGUUUAUAUACUUACAUAAAUAGUUAUUAUAUAUUAA